GUGUGUGUGUCAGCUGACUGAGGUCAUGUGAUGAUGUUUCCAUCUGCAUGGUCUGAUCCGCUGCGGCGCGAGGCAGGGCGCGAGACUGGGACAAUGGCCCCGAGCUGGACUCACACAUGGGCAGCUGCUGCGCUGUUCGCGGUCUGCAUUGGCGGAGGAUGGUCACUUCCAGUCCAGGAGAACGAGAAAUGGGGGUAUGUGGACAUUCGUGAAGGUGCCCACAUGUUCUGGUGGCUGUACUAUGCUGACAGCUUUAAGGACCUGCCGCUGGUCAUGUGGCUUCAGGGGGGUCCAGGAGGGUCCAGCUGUGGAUUUGGAAACUUUGAGGAGAUUGGGCCUCUGGACACUGACCUCGAGCCGAGGAAAACCUCCUGGGUGAGCGCCGCGAGCGUCCUGUUUGUGGACAACCCUGUGGGGACGGGCUACAGUUACACUGACUCGGAGGAAGCCCUGACGAAGGACGUCGCCACGGUGGCGGCGGACAUGAUGGUGCUCCUGCAGCAGUUCUUCAACAAGCAAACUGAGUUUCAGAGCAUUCCUUUCUACAUAUUUUCAGAAUCCUACGGAGGAAAAAUGGCUGCUGCUAUUUCACUGGCGCUCACAGAGGCUGUUCAGAAAGGCUCCAUUAAGUGUAAUUUUGCUGGAGUGGCACUGGGAGACUCCUGGAUCUCUCCUUUAGACUCUGUCCUGACGUGGGGGCCGUAUCUCUACAGCACUUCUCUGCUGGAUGAUUAUGGGCUGAUGGAAGUGACCCGUGCAGCUAAAGCGGUCCAGGAGGCGGUGGAGCAGGGUCAGUAUGAGAGAGCAACCGAGCAGUGGUCAAUCACAGAGAACGUUGUUGAACAGAACACGAACGGCGUGAACUUCUACAACAUCCUCACACAGCAAGAUGACGACCUGAUGAAGUCCAGCUCAAAGGACAGCGGCUAUCUGUCCGCUCUGAAGUGUCGCCACAUUCGCCCCCUGCACCGCCAGUCACUCUCCCAGCUGAUGAACGGACCAAUCAGGAAGAAGCUUGGAGUUAUUCCAAAGAAUGUCACUUGGGGAGGCCAGGCUGAGGAGGUGUUUGAAAGCAUGUCUGGAGACUUCAUGAAGCCCGUAGUGGACAUCGUAGAUGAGCUUUUGGCUGCAGGAGUUAAUGUGACCGUCUAUAACGGCCAGCUGGACCUGAUCGUGGACACGAUGGGUCAGGAACUGUGGGUGAAGAAGCUGAAGUGGGACGGACUUAAGAAGUUCAGUCAGAUGAAGUGGACGGCUCUGGAGGACCCGGAGUCAGAAGGACAGACUGGAGCCUUUUACAAAACCUACAAGAACUUCGCCUUCUACUGGAUCCUCAAGGCUGGACACAUGAUCCCUUCUGACCAGGGCCAGAUGGCUCUGAGGAUGCUGAAGAUGGUCACUCUGCAGGAGUAAUGAAAACCUCAGUCCACUUUAGACAAUCAACACAUUCACCAAAAUCGAAAUCAAGCGCUUUUACUUUGACCUCACGCACCUCACUGUUUCUGACCGUGCUCCUAACCAAACUAAAUAAAACUGAAUCCUCUAA